GGCCGUUAAGCUGAGCUGCUCUCACUUCCUGUCGACGACUUUCUCUCUCUGAUCUCUGAUCUGUGAGUGUUAGCAGCUCCUAGAACCAGGAAGACCUCUACACACUGAAGCAGUCUGCUGUCAUCAUUCACACCUGACAGGUCAACCUCUAACAACCAGGAGGACAGCUCCGAGAAGACAGAAGACAGAAGACAGAAGACAUGGACCCAACCAGCCAAGAUAUCAACCUGAACUCUCCUAACAAGGGCCUUGUUGUGGAUAACUCCGACAGCCUGUCCGACGUGCCGGUGGAGGGAGCGGUGGAGGGGGCGGCGGCGGGGAACGCAGUCAACCCUCUUCCUCCCGGCCUGACGGAGGAAGAGGCCGAGGAGCUCCGCACAGAGCUCACCAAGGUGGAGGAGGAGAUCAACACCCUGCGUCAGGUUCUGUCAGCCAAAGAGAGACACGCCACAGAGCUGAAGAGGAAACUUGGCCUCAGCCCGCUCACCGAAUUCAGGCAGAACAUCACCAAGAGCUGGCAAGACGUACAGACCUCCAACGCCUAUGCGAGAACCUCUGAGAAACUGGGCGAGUGGAAUGAGAGAGUUGCCAGCUUGGAACUAUAUCUGUCUGCCUCAGCCACUUUGGAUGACAUUGCCCACUCUGAAGCAUACAAGAAGACUCAGGAGACUCUUUCCGUGGCGGGACAGAAGACCAGUGCAGCUCUCACCACAGUGGGCACGGUCAUCAGCAAGAGACUGGGCGACAUGAGAGCUCUACCUUUCUCUAAUUCCUUUAGUAGCAACUAUUCCAUUCGCCACUCGAUAAGUAUGCCCGCCAUGAGGAACUCUGCAACCUUCAAGUCAUUCGAGGAUAAGGUGGGGAACCUGAAGGUGAGCGGUGAGACGUAUAAGGUGGUCGGCCCCAGAGGGAACGGCGAUGCCGUCGGCUCUCCCACCGACACCACCCCCACUCAGGAGAACCCGACUUUCUGAACGCAUCCCUCCUCCUCCUCUUCCUCCUCCUCCUCGCUGCCACCUUCACGACCUGAGACUGUACUGUUAAUCACCUCACAUCGCAGACCUGACCUUUGACCCUCCACCGCUCACACUUCGCCCCCCCCGGGUCUGUAAACGCAGACGGGCGGAGGUGAAGGCCUCGUGGGGUUUGAGGUGGGAUGAGCUUUGUCCCGUCGCUGCUGGUCCCCACGGCCUCCACUCUUCUGCCUCGCUGCUGCUGAGGAAAAGGAAAAUGUUUUGUUGAUGUCUAAACCUGAAUCAUUUACAGACCUUGCUUUGUUACAUCGCCCCCCCCCCCACUCCGCCGCUACUUCCUCCCCAGUUAGACCGCUUCGUUAAGUCCACGCUGUCGUCUCCUGCACUCUUCAGACACUCUUAGUCUAAAGAAAAGGCAUUAUUAGGAUGUCAGGCUCUCGUCGGUUGGUUAAGAUAACGCUGCAGCGAUGCAUCAACAGGUGACUCGUUUAGGAACCAGGAGAUCUGCACCGAGGGUGGAGGAGCAUUUAACGGGCAUAUGCAAAGAUGGUGGUUUCUACUUCUACUAUUUCUGUCUUCUUGUUUCUGACUACUAUCAUCACGCAUUCACACUGUGAGCACCUGCUAGCGUCGCCAUGGUAACCCCACCGUCUCUCUCUCUCUAACUUGUACAGAGUUAUCUCCACAGCUCUGCUGGAUGCCCGCGGUGUGAACGCUGGUUAGAGGUUAGUGGUUUGACUGGGGGGGUAGACCUCCUACUGCUACGUGCAUGUGCAUAUCUCAUCUCAGUUGUACCAUUACCAACCACGCGGAGAAGACCUCGAGGUCUCCUAUAACACCUUAAAAACACCCCAAGAUGUAAAAAAAAACAGGAAAAAAAACAACCUUAAACCAUUUUGUAUUACAAACUAUUUUACACUGCUUUGCAUAAUGUUUUUACAUAACUUUUAUCAAUAUGUAUAAAUAUAUAUGAAUAAAUAUAUUGUCACUGAUGCUGCCGUACGGUAGUAGUCAGGUUGGGAGGUUAAGACAAAGCAGGGGGGGGGGGCUAAACAAACUAUAAAAUAAACGCUGUGGGUCAGUUUCACAGACGUGACUUAUCGUCUGUCAGGAGGGGUUUUCUGUUUAAAGUACAUUUAUUGGUCUAAGAAAUGUUUGUGAAACUGACUCAUUAAUGAACCCGUCUGGGGGCAAGACCAACCGGACGAACGGGAACGUAGUUAAACUGGUUUCAUGUGACAAACUGGACCUGGAUGGUUUCAUCUCAGGUCAAACUAAAACCUCUCGAUGGUUGAAAACGUUUUGAAACCUCGUUGACGGUGUUUCUUUUCACCCCGGUUUGACCGCUGUUCCCUUCCUGUUGUUAAAGGGACAGUUCGGGUGUUUCUCAGUGUGGUUGUAUGAGGUACUAAUCCAUAGUCGGUGUAUUACCGACAGUAGAUCACAGUAUCAGCACAGGGGCAAAGCAAUGUACUGCUGUGGACAGGGGGCAGCAGCCAAACGCAUUUUAGACACCUAAAAAAUCAGUUUAAGUGUUCGCUAUAUUUAGAAUAUUUUCACCGUUUUACGUCGCCGUCAGACGGACCUUUCUGUUAUCUACGCUGUAUUCUAAAGCCACCAGACUCCAUUCACAAAAACAGUCAUUUUAUUUUACCUUGCAAAACACAGGAGUCGCUGGUCCACAGCUGCCUCCAUCGGUUGGUUUGUGUUAUUGUGUGACUUUGGUGAAUUAAAACCCAUUAAAACACCAAAGUCACACAAUAACACAAGCAAACUGAUGGAGGCAGCGGUAGACCAGCAACUCCCAUGAUCUGAGAGGUAAAAUGACUUUUUAUGAAUGGAGUCUGGUUGCUUUUGAAGAGAGCAUAGAGUACUUCUGACGGCGAAGUAAACCGGUGAAAAUAUUCUAAAUAUAGCAAACACUUUUUAGGUGUCUAAAAUCCAUCCACAGCAGUACAUAGCUUUGCUCCCGUGCUGCUACUCCUGUCUGUUUCUCUAAACUCCACUACACUGACUCUAGAGACGAACCUCAUCCAACCACACUGAGAAACACCUGAACUAUCCCUUUAAGACACAGAACUCAAUGUGAGACGAUGCUUUGCUUUGUACACUACCCGGUGAAUGUCAGCGCUUCUCUGUCGGCCUUACUCACUUUAAAUGGUUCACUUGUUAUUAUUAUAAUUUAGCUGGUAGAAAAGAAAUAGUCGAUUUUCCUUUUUAUGUUCCUUUUUUUUGUUUGUUUUUUAGUACAGACUGGUUCGAUUGAAGGAAGGGGAGUUAGCAUUCAGAUAUUUAGAGUCCGACGGGCCACAAAAUGUGUCAUGAAAACAUCUCGCUGCCAUAAGAAGAAACUUUGCCAACGACCCCCUUAAUGCACACACAACAAAUGCACUCCUGUGAACACACACUAAAUGCUUCUAAACGCUGCAUGACGCCAAACUAACUCACACCUUUUUGUACCAAAUCACUGUUGCUCUCAUCGUUGUGCACCUGUAUUGAUAAAACACAGAAGCUCUUACAAACUACAGAAACGGUGACAGUAAACCCGAGAGAUGUGCAGCACCGGCACUUUGACCCUGAACAUGAAAAGGUUGUAUACUUUUUUUUGUGCUAAAGUUGCUGAUACGAGAGCAACAUUGCCUCUGGUGGUUUGACAACAUGUUGCAUAGAAUUUACAAAAAAAAUACUCUUGGAAAAAUUGCCUAAAUAGUCUCCGUCAAUCUUGAGUUGAUCCCGGUGGAUUUCCUCAAAGCUCUGAAGGCCUUUAGGAAAUGUUGCUCUUGUAUCCUGACUCAACUCAAGAUGUCAAUGUGGGUGGACCCGUGUCAAUGAGGCAGUAGGAAAGGGUAAAUAUGAGUUGUUCUAUACCUUAAAUAUGUUUUUAAAUCAUUAAAUGAUUUAAGCCAAAACUUCCCAGGAAGGAUUAAACUUGCUUGUAGACCAGAUAAUUAAAAACAUAAAGAUAACAUAAAUCUCUCUCUGUGACAGACCUGUAGGGAGUUACUGUUGUCUUUAUUAUCCAAUCAGACAGAACACUGCACUGCAAUCAAAAAUGUUUUAUUGCUAGUAAAAUACAAUUGUGAUUAAAAUCCAAAAGCUUCGUCUGCAAAUCAACAAGUAAGAGAUGAUGUACAACGAGCCGGUUAUUGUUGUGAAAUGAACUCAGCUCAGCAGCAAAACAAAACUUUUGGAUUUGCAUUAAUACAUUUUUCAUCACAAAUUUAUUUUACUUGCAACAAAACAUUAUUUGUUUGCAUGUCGACAGGUUUGCUCUCAAACAUUUUCUGUUUGUUUGCGUAAUAAAAACACAACAGGAGCUCCGCAGCACUUCAGGCUCCAGUGAACAAACAUUAAAUGAGAAUACACAACGCUCAUAAACUGAAACGUCCCGGCUUCUGAACCGGCUGCCAGUGUAUCAUAAGUGUGUUUUCUUGUUUGUGUUGAUCAUUUUUUGGUAGUUAAUAUAUUCCUGUUAGGUGGAUUGUUCUGUUUUCUUUUGGUUUUCCUUCUGUUAGGGAGAGGUGGAGAUUUAUUUGUACAAAUAAUUUGCCAUCAGUUUAAAAACAAGUUGCCAAUAUUUAAAUAUGUUACAGAAAUCUCUCUUUCUGCCUCGCGGCGUCUGACUUUCUGCUUUGCCAAGAUGAAAAACGCAGAUGAACACUACAAGAAAUCUCAAGUCGUUUACUUCAGACUCCUGAAAUCAUAUUUUUCUUACACAAAGUGGAGAAGUUCUCUCCUACUUGAUGCUUCUCGUAGGACAACGAUCUCACUCUGUACAAGAAAACUACUCUGAAUGAACUGACUUGUUAAGAUGGACUCUUCUUCUCGCCGUGCGUCCUUCGCCUGUUUUAAAGCUGCAGUCGGUUUUUGGGAGAUUGAUGAUAGAAAAAGAUGAUGUGCUUUUUGUUUCGGGUGCCGAUGGGAAGUGCAGCAGAUGAUCGGAGGCUGGAGGACAGUAGAGUACUUCUAGCUUUAUUUAGGUCCUGGGCCUCGCUGAUGUACAAUAUCUAAAGGGAUCCGAUUUGGAAGAUUAUGGUGAAUGAAUAAUAAAAAAAACAUUAUUUGGUUUUGUUGUAUAUGUUUGGAUAUCAAUAAAGCAUUCCUUUAAAUGAA